AGUGCGCUCAAGUGCAAGCCCAAAAACCCAAAGGGAAAGGACGGAAGUGCUGCUAAUUAGGGCUACCUGGCUACCGCUACAAGGACAUCCAUCGAUAUGCUGCGUCGUCAACGCCGCCUGCAGCCGGACAACAGGUGCAACAGGAGCUGCAGCAGCAGCAGCGGCGGCGGCCACAGCUGGCGGAGUCGCAACUAUUUGCCUGGCCUGCUGAUUGUGCUGCUCGUCCUGCUCCAGAGCUUCGAGCUGCAUAUGUGCCGCCAACUGAGGGGCGCCACUGCGCACAGGCGACACGUGGACGUGGAUAGGGAGGCGCAGUUGCCGCCACUUGAGAAACGAGCCAUCGCACCGACUACCGUUAGCCAGCCGGAGGAGAUAUUUAGUGCGCCCAACGAUGCGGCUGACAUGAGCUAUGAUGAGUACCCGAUGGUAGUGCCGAAGCGCGCUGCCUUACUGCUGGAUCGCCUGAUGGUUGCACUGCAUCAUGCCCUGGAGAACGAACGUGAGGGCCAUCGCAUUGGCGAGUUCUAUGCGAAUAAAAACGUGGGACCAGUAAAGCCUUCGGAUUACAGAAACGCUUUGCAGCAGCAGCAGCAGCAGCAGCAACUUCGAGCAACAGAGGAAGCUGGCAAUCAGCCGUUGAGUGGACACAGCUUUCACAUGUACAGCGAUGACGAUCCGGGCGUGAUGAUGGAUUACGACUUCAAAGAUCUCAAUCAGAUAAAUCGCGCAACGGGCGAAACUUUAAUGGCAAAGAGCUUUCAGAGAAGAGCCGGCACAACUGCAGUUGGCAUCGAUGCGGCGUCAGCGGCUGCAGCUGGACCUGGAGCUGGUCCUGGUCCUGGUCCUGGCGCUAGUCCCGGCCUCAGGCGCAUCCAUCACGUUGCCAAUGGAGGUGGUCGCAUGUAUUGGCGCUGCUAUUUCAAUGCCGUUAGCUGUUUUUAAUCCAACCAACCAUCCAACCAAUCAACCUACCAUUAAACUCAACCAACUGAAACUCCAUUCAAAAGAAAACACGAAUUGGCUCCAGGUUCGGCUCCAGCUUUUUGACAUCUUCAUCUCGAGCAUUGCGUUUCCUUGGCUGCUAUGAAAGUUGUUCGCAUGAUUAACUGAAAUCAUCUGUCAAACAUGAAUUGUAAACUGAAAACCCUUUUGUAAUUCUAACAUUAUAAAUAUAGAUAUUUAUGUAUAUGUAUAAACGUGUAUAUCCAUACUGUACUCAUCGCUGCA